AUCAGUUUGGCCCCCGUGCGUUUCACCUGCAGGCACUGAUUAAUAGACGCAGAGAUCACUCGAGCUUAACUAUCGCCGGGAGGAAGUGAGGUGACGUCCACCACAGAAAACACUUGCUAAGAAUAACAAAGGGUGCUGAUCUCUCCUGUUCAUACCACCACAAGCUGGUCUUUGCUGUCUAACAGAGGAGCCAUGGACCGCUACAGAUAUUUCAUAUUUAACCAGAGGAGUAUGGUGGUGGUGGGGAUCCUGCAGAUCGCCUGUGCUGGGCUGUGUGUAGUCUGUGGCUUCAUUGAUGCUGCCUUCAGGAAGGACACUACUCUGAGCAACACCAGGGUUCCACUCUGGGCUGGAGUGAUAAUGGGCAUUCCAGGAGUCCUAGCUUUGUUUUCAUCGCAGAAGAAGAACCCAUUGCUGGUGAACAUCAUGAUUGCUGCCUCUCUGUUCUCUUGUUUCACUACCGUGAUUAUAAUUGUCUAUUCCUCCCUGACGUUAAGCUACGGAGAGGAGGAUGAUGAGCUCUUUCACCCUUAUUCACAUAUUCAGACACAGCAUGCAAAGUUCGUUCUCACUAAGCUUAUUAAAGGAGCCAAUUUGACCAUGCUGGUUGCCUGUACCUUUGGCAUACUACUAGCUCUGGUCAUUGCCUUCACUGGCUACAGGAGCGUCCCGCACUGUGCCUGUUACGACAGCGUCACUGGACUGGAAUCCCUGGAUCCAGAUGAUGACCAGAAUCUACAGACCGAGUUGGUUUGUACCCGGCAGGCAGGUGGCGACAGCAGGCUGUUCAAUGCUCCUGUGCAGCUCAAUGAACAAGAGGAGGAGGUGUCCUCUAAACCUCCUCCCUAUAUCAGACUGGUCUGAAAUGCAACCAGGCACACACACUUUGAAUAUGCUAUGUGCACAAAUGUAACAUUUUUUUAAGUGUAUUUUAGCCUUUUUUGUUUUAUUUUAAAUCAAUCAUGUCUACACCAUGCACUCCAUAAAGAAAUCUAAUUUCUGAUGUCAUUUGAACCAGAAUUUACCUGAAAGAAGCAUGAAUAUUUUUAAUCAAAAUAAAGCCAGAAUAUAUUUUACCAACCCCAACAAAAGUACAAAACCACUUCUGUAGCAUUACCUAUUAAAAGCAAAACAUAGGCCAAUGCUGCUUUGUUUAAGGAGAACAACAAUAAUGGUAAUGUAGUCCAACUCCUACCUAUUUUGUAAUUCAUUUAUUGUGAUAUGAAGUCCUUUUAAAUAGUAUUACAUAGUAUGGAUAUUCAGUUGAGAAAUUAAUUUAUUUGGACACUUCACCAUUUAUUUAUUUUUUCUAUCAAUAAUCUAUUUGUACUACAGGCUACUAGGGUUGUCAAAGUAGUGGAAUGAAAUGGUGAUUGGUACUUCAUGUGGUGUGGCACACGUUCUACAUAUAAAGGUGUUUUGGGAGGUAAAUAUUUGAUUAGUGUUUACACAUCAGUCUUAAAUAUUAGUGUCAGCGUAGGUCACUGUAUACAAAAACAGAAAUACACAAUAGAACACUGAUGGGAAUAAUGUCAUUUGUAUUUGGAAUUUUCUACCUUCUUGCUGAAGGACAAGUAUACUGUCUGAUGGAUUUUAGGACUGCGUGAACCAAUGGGAAGAUUUAUUUUAUUUAACUUAUUUUGUAUGAUAUUCUGUAUAAAAUUCUUCUGGCAAGAAAUUACUUGCAAUUUGGAGUAAAGUGUUUGGAGCCAAUUGUUAUAGACAGAGUGCCAACACCCAUAAGGCUACUGAUUGGCCCUUGAUGUGAAAGAGGUACAGCUACAUAGCAAUGCAAUACAACACAGUGCUUCACUACAGUGAGCUUAUACUUAAAGUGAAUCUGGCUUUGUAAUUCCUCUGGUAUCCAGAGUAUGUUAUGGUGGUUUGAUCAGUUUUGUAAUCAUGUUUUACUUGUUCAGGAAUAUAUGGCUAAUAAAGAUUAAAAAAAAACACAAA